CUUAUUUUCUAUCACGAAUUUGGUGUAUAUUUCAUUAUUUAUCAUGUUUUUUCUUUCUUAAAAUUAAUAAAAUCCUGAAAAUAUAAUAAUUAUUUAGAAACGGCACAAUGGUCGGCUUGGGUCGGCAUCAUAAACAAGAGAAUUAUAGUCUGUCGACCGUUCGGCAACCUAAAAAAAAACUAUAGAUUGCCGACUGGUCGGCUGUCUAUACACUUCCUUCUUCCUUUUUGUUUUUUGUGUUGUGACUGUUGUGCCAUUGUUGUGCUAUGGCUAUGAUUGCUAUGAAUAAAUAUGUGAAAAUAUGGGUGUUGUGGUGCACGAUCAGUAAAAACCUGUUAAAUUUUGUGGUGACUGGUUAUAGUGGUAAUAAUGUUUAUAAUAUUGAAUAAUGUUGAGUAAUUAGUGAACAUUCCUUAUCUCCUUCAAGCAUUGAGUAAAGUGAAAUAUCAUAAUAAUAUAUUAUGGUUAUGACUAUGACUAGGAACAAGUGACAAAGGAUGAUGGAAUAUUUGUCUACUACUGAAAAUGUAUAGAAAUAAUGUAUUUUUGUUAUUAUUUUUAAAGGGUAUCAUAACAUCUUCAGCAUUCAUGGACAAAAGCACCUCUAAUAACUGCACAGAGAUAAGGAACAAUUUUGCAAUUGCCAAUGCCAAUUUCACAUACUGUGCAAUUCAGCAUUCAAGACCUAUAACAUUAUGUGAAAACUGUGUGGACAUAUAUUCAAAUGUUGUAGAAAGUUAUGCCAAUAUGUCUAAGGAUGUAAUCAAUGGAAGUUCUUGUUUAAACCACUUCAUCAACUUGGAUAGGCUUGAAAUUUUACAAACCUUAUACCAAAACAGUUUAGAUUUAUGGAACAGGGCAAAAUGUCAUGAAUGUUUUGUUUUUGAAAAUGGACAGCAUACCAGAAAACAAUCCAAUGAAACUGUACAAUUCCUAAAGUACUACAAUAUUUUUAUGAGCUGUGUUAAUGACACUAAAGAUGCUGAUACCCUAUGUCCUGACUGUAUGAACAAUUACAUUCUUUUAAGAGAUUAUUAUAGUAGUAUAAGUAAAUACAAUGAGAAAAUAGGACUCUGUAUGGAUCUUGUUGAUAUAAUGAACACAACUUGGUCAUUUUGGAGUACAAGCUGUUGUAAAUACCGGGAACAUACUGAAUAUACAUUCAUUUUCUUGAAUGUACUAGUCAUAAUAAUUCCAGCUGUCUUUUACUUGAUAGCACAGUUAUAUGUGAAGAAGAAAGAUCCAACAAUAAUACAGCAAUCAAGAUUUGCUGAGUCAUUGACUGUAUCAGGAACCUGAGGAAUACCUUAUGUGAGUGAUUCAUAUUAUUUUGAUUCUCACAAUACCAUGUCCAAUUCAAAGGGUAUUUUAUGUUUAGGAAUUCUUAUAUUCAUUUUUAUGUUACCAAUUUCAUGGAGGCAAAUAUUGUAAAUUUCAUUGUAACAUUUGUAUAUUUGUUUGUUUUGUAUAUUCGAAAUUUACCUAUUUAUAUAACUAUUUUUACCUGUAAGUAUACAAUUUGUGAUAAUACUCCUAUUCAGAUGUUAAUAUAAAUUAUUUAAACAAUGAAUCUUUUUCUCCUUGUCUUCAUUUCAAGAGGCAAGCCAGAAAAAAUAGCAGUAGCACUCCACUAUUUCAUCCUUCAAAUAUUUGUUCAUUUUCAUAUAGAGAUUUUCAAAUGAUUUUUUAAACAAUAUUUUUAGUCAAAAUUUGAUGGGGAAGAUAACAUAAACAUCUGCUACUAUAAUACAUGUAUUUACAUUUAAGUCUUUUCAAGUGUAUAGCCUCAAAUGAUCCAUUACAAACACACAUAACUAGUUCAAAAUAUACAAAAUACUGUGCAACAUCAUGUCCUGUUUCUGUUUCCAAAUCACUUAUUUUGUUAUCUAUGCCUAGCUUUCUUGUUAUUGUUUUUCUUAGCACUGUUAGGGAAAUUUUUCUGUUUGGCUGAGGUGUCUGUGAUUGGACUGUUUCUGUCCAAGCCAUUUUGGACCCCAUUGGGAAAUGAAUUAGAGUUAGUAGAUUGUUUUCCUGCAGUUUUGAUACUGGAGUCAAUGUGGUUAGUUAAGGAUCCCAUGUUUGUGUCACUGGAGUCUUCAUUUGUUAGAGAUUCUGUUUCACUCUGUCUGUCCACUAGAGAAAUUACUAUUAGUUCAAGAUCAGUUUUAGACCUGUUUGUUACAGACAUCACAAAGCACAGACAUAACUUGAAUCAAAAUUAGUUGAAGGCCCGACCCUAAGCAAAACAAAGUAAAAAUAUCUCAUGCAACAUGCAGGAACAAGGUGAUUCAUGUGAUGAAAGGAUAAAUAAUAAAAUUCAAUCCAAAUCCACCCACAAAAAAGCUAUACAAGGUGACUGUGCAAAACUAAAAAAACAAUGCUUGUGAAAUAAUUUAAUAAAAACUAUAAAAAUAUAUUAAAAUUGUACUGUUACAACAAAACAGAACUAAUAUGAACUACCUACUAGAACAUCUAAAUAUACUUAACACUUUUUACAUCAACUACUACUAUAUGCAUAGGGAUUGGUAGUCUCAGUUUCAUAAGAAUUCUUACUUUUAUCUGGAUUUUGGUCAACAAUCCCACUUACAGCCUGUAAUGAACAAAUAUCAGAUAAGUGGAUUCAUUAUUCUUUCAAUACUAUACAUACUGCCAUUGAUGUAAUUGAUGAUUUUGAGAAUAAUCUUUCAGCUUCUUUGAAUUUCCUAUUGCGUUUAUCUGCUUUGGAGUUUGUAGUCUUAUUACUGGACAGAUAUCUGUCCCAUCCUCUGAUAAUAUUGCCAUAGAGCUGAGUAUCUUCUAGAUAGGAUCCUUCAAAAGCAUAAAUUUGUUUUUCCAAAUUUGCAAGUGU